GGCGCCUCCCGCCAGUCCCGGGGGGUUUGUAGCCCGCCCUGGGGCUUGUAGCCCGGCCGGGGGGUUUAUAGCCACCCCACGCCUCCGCCCCGCGCUUUCGGAGCGCGCCAGGAUGCGGGCGGCGCUGGCAGCGUGGCUGGUGCUGAGCCUGCUGGGGGGGACAGGGGCCGAGGACACGUGCGGGGACCCCCCCGCAGCCCCGUCCCGCUCCGUCCCCGCGCCCCAGCUCAGCCCCGAGGAGCGGCUCUCGCCCCACAUGCCCGAAUCCCUGCGCUGUGACGCCUGCCACGCCAUCGCCUUCCAGAUUGAGGAGCAGCUGCGCAAGGCAGAAGGGAAGGUGGGCAAGAAGGCUCUGAAGGAGUCGGACUACAUAGAGGUGCUGGAGAGGAGCUGCUCACAGGACUGGGAGAGUUACGGGGUGCUGGAGCUGGACGGGGAGAAGCGGCUGUCGGGGCCGGGGCUGCCGGGGCAGCAGCCCCUGAGCGUGCUGGUGUCGGGGGGACCGUGGCCGAGCAGGCUCUCCAAGCUGUGCCACGGCUACGUGGGCGAGCGGGGCGAGGCGCAGAUCUACGGCGCGCACCGGCGGGGCCCGGCCGCGCUGCGGCAGCUGCUGUGUCACGGCGACAAGGGACCCUGCGCUGGCCGCAAGGAGCGCCCGGACCCCCGCAAGGCGCUGCAGAACGAGCUGUAGCCCGGCGUGGUUAAUGCUUAAUGCCCCGGUGACCUGCGGACUUCGUCCCCAGCGGGAGGCGACACGUGCCGGGAGGUGGGAGCCUUGCCGGUGUCGCCUGUCACCGAUGUCGCCGCUGUCGCUCGAGGCCCGGCCCGGCCGUGCCAGCAGCAGCGCGGACUCCGUCCCGGCGAGCGGGGAAUUACUCUGUAACCCACGGGCUCUAAUGUUUCACCGGGGCGCUGCUCCGGGCGGGUGCAGCCCCAAUUAAAGGAGUUAAUGGCU